CUGGCAUCAGUUACUAUGUUGACUCACUCAGUGCUGGGCUCACUCACUUGCCCCCUACAGGACUCAGCUCUUGAAGGCAAUAGCCUUUAUAGAAAAAAGGAGUAGGAAAACUUGAAGUGCUAAUUUUUUCAAGACUGCUGAAGUUUAUUGGCUUCUCAUCGUACCUAAGCGUCCUGGAGCAAUAAAACUGAGAGAAACUUUUACCAAGAUUUUUAUCCCUGCCUUGAUAUAUACUUUCUCUUCCAAAUGCUUUGGUGGGAAGAAGUAGAAGACUGUUAUGAAAGAGAAGAUGUUCAAAAGAAAACAUUCACAAAAUGGAUAAAUGCACAAUUUUCUAAGGCGAUUUGACAGAUCAGUUGAAAAAUGGCGACACUUUCAUUAUGAUAUGAAGGUAUUUAAUCAAUGGCUGAAUGAAGUUGAACAGUUUUUCAAAAAGACACAAAAUCCUGAAAAUUGGGAACAUGCUAAAUACAAAUGGUAUCUUAAGGAACUCCAGGAUGGCAUUGGGCAGCGCCAAGCUGUUGUCAGAACACUGAAUGCAACUGGGGAAGAAAUAAUUCAACAGUCUUCAAAAACAGAUGCCAAUAUUCUACAAGAAAAAUUGGGAAGCCUGAGUCUGCGGUGGCACGAGAUCUGCAAAGAGCUGGCAGAAAGGAGAAAGAGGACUGAAGAACAAAAGAAUGUCUUGUCAGAAUUUCAAAGAGAUUUAAAUGAAUUUGUCUUUUGGUUGGAAGAAGCAGAUAACAUUGCUACUACUCCACUUGGAGAUGACCAGAAGCUAAAAGAAAAGCUUGAACAAGUCAAGUUACUGGCAGAAGAGUUGCCCUUGCGCCAGGGAAUUCUAAAACAAUUAAAUGAAACAGGAGGAGCAGUACUUGUAAGUGCUCCCAUAAGACCAGAAGAGCAAGAUAAACUUGAAAAGAAGCUCAAACAGACAAAUCUCCAGUGGAUAAAGGUCUCCAGAGCUUUACCUGAAAAACAAGGAGAACUUGAGAUCCAUAUAAAAGAUUUUUGGCAGCUUGAAGAGCAGCUAGAUCACCUGCUCCUGUGGCUCUCUCCUAUUAGGAACCAGUUGGAAAUUUAUAACCAACCAAGUCAACCAGGACCAUUUGACCUGAAGGAAACUGAAGUAACAGUUCAAGCUAAACAACCGGAUGUGGAAAGGCUUUUGUCUAAAGGGCAGCAUUUGUAUAAGGAAAAACCAAGCACUCAUCCGAUAAAGAGGAAGUUAGAAGAUCUGAGGUCUGAGUGGGAAGCUGUAAACUGUUUACUACGGGAGCUGAGGACAAAGCAGCCUGACCGUGCCCCUGGACUGAGCACUACUGGAGCCUCUGCUAGUCAGACUGUUACUCUAGUGACACAACCUGUGGUUACCAAGGAAACUCUCAUCUCCAAACUAGAGAUGCCAUCUUCUUUGCUGUUGGAGGUACCUGCACUGGCAGACUUCAACCGAGUUUGGACAGAACUUACAGACUGGCUGUCUCUCCUUGAUCGAGUUAUAAAAUCACAGAGGGUGAUGGUGGGUGAUCUGGAAGACAUCAAUGAAAUGAUCAUCAAACAGAAGGCAACACUACAAGAUUUGGAACAGAGACGCCCCCAGUUGGAAGAACUCAUUACUGCUGCCCAGAAUUUGAAAAACAAAACAAGCAAUCAAGAAGCUAGAACAGUCAUUACUGAUCGAAUUGAAAGAAUUCAGAUUCAGUGGGAUGAGGUGCAAGAACAGCUGCAGAACAGGAGACAACAGUUGAAUGAAAUGUUAAAGGAUUCAACACAAUGGCUAGAAGCUAAGGAAAAAGCUGAAGAGGUCAUAGGACAGGCCAGAGGCAAGCUAGACUCAUGGAAAGAAGAUCCUCACACAAUGGAUGCAAUCCAAAAGAAGAUCACAGAAACCAAGCAGUUGGCCAAAGACCUCCGCCAACGGCAGAUAAAUGUAGAUGUGGCAAAUGAUUUGGCACUGAAACUUCUUCGAGACUAUUCUGCUGAUGAUACCAGAAAGGUACACAUGAUAACAGAGAAUAUUAAUACUUCUUGGGGAAACAUUCAUAAAAGAGUGAAUGAGCGAGAGGCUGCUUUGGAAGAAACUCAUAGAUUACUGCAACAGUUCCCCCUGGACCUGGAGAAGUUUCUUUCCUGGAUUACAGAAGCAGAAACAACUGCCAAUGUCCUACAGGAUGCUUCUCGUAAGGAGAAACUCCUAGAAGACUCCAGGGGAGUCAGAGAGCUGAUGAAACCAUUGCAAGAUCUCCAAGGAGAAAUUGAAGCUCACACAGACAUCUAUCACAAUCUUGAUGAAAAUGGCCAAAAAAUCCUGAGAUCCCUGGAAGGUUCAGAUGAAGCACCCCUGUUACAAAGACGUUUGGAUAACAUGAAUUUCAAGUGGAGUGAACUUCGGAAAAAGUCUCUCAACAUUAGGUCCCAUUUGGAAGCCAGUUCUGACCAGUGGAAGCGUUUGCAUCUUUCUCUUCAGGAACUUCUUGUGUGGCUACAGCUGAAAGAUGAUGAAUUGAGCCGGCAGGCACCUAUCGGUGGUGAUUUUCCAGCAGUUCAGAAGCAGAAUGAUAUACACAGGGCCUUCAAGAGGGAAUUGAAAACUAAAGAACCUGUAAUCAUGAGUACUCUGGAGACUGUGAGAAUAUUUCUGACAGAGCAGCCUUUGGAAGGAGUGGAGAAACUCUACCAGGAGCCCAGAGAGCUGCCUCCUGAAGAAAGAGCUCAGAAUGUCACUCGGCUCCUACGAAAGCAGGCUGAAGAGGUCAACACAGAAUGGGACAAAUUGAACCUGCACUCAGCUGAUUGGCAGAGAAAAAUAGAUGAGGCUCUUGAAAGACUGCAGGAACUUCAGGAAGCUGCCGAUGAACUGGACCUCAAGUUGCGCCAAGCUGAGUUGAUCAAGGGAUCCUGGCAGCCAGUGGGGGAUCUCCUCAUUGACUCUCUCCAAGAUCACCUUGAAAAAGUCAAGGCACUUCGGGGAGAAAUUGCACCUCUUAAAGAGAAUGUCAAUCAUGUCAAUGACCUUGCACAUCACCUGACCACAUUGGGCAUUCAGCUCUCACCUUAUAACCUCAGCACUCUGGAAGAUCUGAAUACCAGAUGGAGGCUUCUGCAGGUGGCUGUGGAGGACCGUGUCAGGCAGCUGCAUGAAGCCCACAGGGACUUUGGCCCAGCUUCUCAGCACUUCCUUUCCACUUCAGUCCAGGGUCCCUGGGAGAGAGCCAUCUCACCAAACAAAGUGCCCUACUAUAUCAACCACGAGACCCAAACAACUUGUUGGGACCACCCCAAAAUGACAGAGCUCUACCAGUCUUUAGCUGACCUGAAUAAUGUCAGGUUCUCGGCUUAUAGGACUGCCAUGAAGCUCAGAAGACUCCAGAAGGCCCUUUGCUUGGAUCUCUUGAGCCUGUCGGCUGCAUGUGAUGCAUUGGACCAGCACAAUCUCAAGCAAAAUGACCAGCCCAUGGAUAUUCUGCAGAUAAUUAACUGUUUGACUACUAUUUAUGAUCGUCUGGAGCAAGAGCACAACAAUUUGGUCAAUGUCCCUCUCUGUGUGGAUAUGUGUCUCAACUGGCUUCUCAAUGUUUAUGACACGGGACGAACAGGGAGAAUCCGUGUCCUGUCUUUUAAAACUGGCAUCAUUUCUCUGUGUAAAGCACACUUGGAAGACAAGUACAGAUACCUUUUCAAGCAAGUGGCAAGUUCAACUGGCUUUUGUGACCAGCGAAGGCUGGGUCUUCUUCUGCAUGAUUCUAUUCAAAUCCCAAGACAGUUGGGUGAAGUUGCUUCCUUUGGGGGCAGUAACAUUGAGCCCAGUGUCAGGAGCUGCUUCCAAUUUGCCAAUAAUAAACCUGAGAUUGAAGCUGCUCUCUUCCUUGACUGGAUGCGCCUGGAACCCCAGUCUAUGGUGUGGCUGCCCGUCUUACACAGAGUGGCUGCUGCAGAAACUGCCAAGCAUCAAGCCAAGUGUAACAUCUGUAAGGAGUGUCCAAUCAUUGGAUUCAGGUACAGAAGCCUAAAGCACUUUAACUAUGACAUCUGCCAAAGCUGCUUUUUUUCUGGCCGAGUUGCAAAGGGCCAUAAAAUGCACUACCCCAUGGUAGAGUAUUGCACUCCGACUACAUCCGGAGAAGAUGUUCGUGACUUCGCCAAGGUACUAAAAAACAAAUUUCGAACCAAAAGGUAUUUUGCGAAGCAUCCCCGAAUGGGCUACCUGCCAGUGCAGACUGUGUUAGAGGGGGACAACAUGGAAACUCCUGUUACUCUGAUCAACUUCUGGCCAGUAGAUUCUGCGCCUGCCUCGUCCCCCCAGCUUUCACACGAUGAUACUCAUUCACGCAUUGAACAUUAUGCUAGCAGGCUAGCAGAAAUGGAAAACAGCAAUGGAUCUUAUCUAAAUGAUAGCAUCUCUCCUAAUGAGAGCAUAGAUGAUGAACAUUUGUUAAUCCAGCAUUACUGCCAAAGUUUGAACCAGGACUCCCCCCUGAGCCAGCCUCGUAGUCCUGCCCAGAUCUUGAUUUCCUUAGAAAGUGAGGAAAGAGGGGAGCUAGAGAGAAUCCUAGCAGAUCUUGAGGAAGAAAACAGGAAUCUGCAAGCAGAAUAUGAUCGUCUGAAGCAACAGCAUGAGCAUAAAGGCCUGUCCCCACUGCCGUCUCCUCCUGAGAUGAUGCCCACCUCUCCUCAGAGUCCCAGGGAUGCUGAGCUCAUUGCUGAGGCCAAGCUACUGCGCCAACACAAAGGACGCCUGGAAGCCAGGAUGCAAAUCCUGGAAGACCACAAUAAACAGCUGGAGUCUCAGUUACAUAGACUGAGGCAGCUCCUGGAGCAACCCCAGGCUGAGGCUAAGGUGAAUGGCACUACAGUGUCCUCUCCUUCUACCUCUCUGCAGAGGUCAGAUAGCAGUCAGCCUAUGCUGCUCCGAGUGGUUGGCAGUCAAACUUCAGAAUCUAUGGGUGAGGAAGAUCUUCUGAGUCCUCCCCAGGACACAAGCACAGGGUUAGAAGAAGUGAUGGAGCAACUCAACAACUCCUUCCCUAGUUCAAGAGGACACAAUGUAGGAAGCCUUUUCCACAUGGCAGAUGAUUUGGGCAGAGCGAUGGAGUCCUUAGUUUCAGUCAUGACAGAUGAAGAAGGAGCAGAUUAAAUGUUUUACAACUCCUGAUUCCCGCAUGGUUUUUAUAAUAUUCGUACAACAAAGAGGAUUAGACAGUAAGAGUUUACAAGAAAUAAAAUCUAUAUUUUUGUGAAGGGUAGUGGUACUAUACUGUAGAUUUCAGUAGUUUCUAAGUCUGUUAUUGUUUUGUUAACAAUGGCAGGUUUUACACGUCUAUGCAAUUGUACAAAAAAGUUAAAAGAAAACAUGUAAAAUCUUGAUAGCUAAAUAACUUGCCAUUUCUUUAUAUGGAACGCAUUUUGGGUUGUUUAAAAAUUUAUAACAGUUAUAAAGAAAGAUUGUAAACUAAAGUGUGCUUUAUAAAAAAAAGUUGUUUAUAAAAACCCCUAAA